AUUACACGCUUAUACGCUAUUGAUUAUAGACAUAGUGUGCUGCAUUUUAUUGCAAAAUGUGUUAUUCGCAUGCUUCUCUUUUAUGAACUCUGUGGAUGUUUAAUCUUGGUUACUUAAAAACAUUAACAGGUAUCCAAUUUAAUUACUUCAUCGUAUAAAAAUGUCGGACAACUUUAAAUUGAGUGAAGACAAGCCUCAAAACAAUAAUAUUAAGAAGUUCUUAAGAAAAAACCGAUACUCGCUUUAUGUUCUAUCCUUAUUAAUGUUGGCUUAUAUGGUUAAUCAAUGUAACACGUUAGUUAUCAUUUAAAAUAUUCUUGUAUCUUAAGCUAAUAAACGCUAAAAAUUCACUUUUUCCUCUUUGGAAUAAAGAUUUUCACUAGUAGCUACCAAUAAUAGCAUGGCGCAAGAUAUUAAAUAUGGCGACAAGGAAUGUUCAGUGAAGAAUAAAAGCUACUUCUCAGGCACAUUAAAUUUAACGAUUACGGACAAGUUUUGUCAAAGAAACGACAGCAUUUGGUGUGAACAAAACAAAGAUCCAAAUGCAUGUUACUGGAAAUAUUUAGGAACCGGUCUUUCAUAUCAACUUCUUGCCGGUCCAUUGUAUAUUGUACUAUUUAGCCUAUCAGGAAUCCCCUUAGGUAGUAAUACACGGUUUUUCCAUUCAUAGUUUCUUUGAGAUAUUUAUUUAUCAUAUUUAAAAAAGUGUCUUAUAAUAACACAGGUUUAAUUUCCGAAUUGAAUAACAUUAAUAGAAAGAUUAUACUAGGUGUUUGUGCCAUUUUUUGGAGUUUAAUGACCUUUCUGUGUGCCUUUUCUACUCAAUACUGGCAUUUGGCUCUAACAAGAUUAUUAUUAGGAAUUUUGUAAGUAUACUUUACGAAAAUUAAUUUUCUAAUAUGUCAAUUAAGCAUAAUUCGGCAGGUUGCGUUCCAUUUUGUGCAAGUCUUAUAUCAAAUUAUUUUCCAAAGCCUUAUAGAGGAGCUGCUUUGGGAUUCUAUAAUUGGGGAGUUUAUCUCGGUUACAGUUUGACUUUUGUCCUAUUGAUAGCUGAAAAGAAACUAGGAUGGAAGGCGGUAUAUUUUAUUGCUGGAAGUCCCGGAAUACUUAUUGGAAUUGUAAUAUUAUUAACUGUCAAAGAUCCAUCAAGAGGUGAAAACGAUGAUGAUUCCAAAGCUCUGGAGCAGCUAUCAACAAUGGCUUCCAAAUUAAAAGUAUCGGUUAAACACUUUAUCGAUCCAGUUUUACUACUCUUAUGCUUCGGUGGGGCUUUAAGAAAUGGCGCUGGUAUUGUGUGGGCAUACAACAUUCGUAAUUUCUUCAAUCAAUAUCAUCCUUCUGUAAAUAUUGAACAAUGGAUGUCUUGGAUACCUCUAAUUUUUGGAUCACUAGGAGCUUUUGCCGGUGGAUUUCUUUCGGAUAAGUUGUCUUCAAAAGAUCGGAAAAAUUCAGUUAUAAAAUCAAGAUUAACUGUAGUGAUAUCUUGUCUUAUAGUAAGCGCUCCAUGCCAGAUUGGAACUUUACUUUUACCGUAUCCGUGGACCUGGAUCGCGCAUAUAUUUGCAUAUUUGUUUGGAGAGAUGUGGAUAGGAGUUUGUAUUGCCCUCGUAAUCGAUUUGGUUCCAAAUGAUUUAACAGCCUCUUCUGUAGCUGUUUACUUCUUUAUUAUUCAGAUUAUUGGUGGUAAUAUGAACCUUUUUGUCACGCCUAUAAGAAAAGCUGUUAAUUUAAGAGUAGCAUUAAUAAUAACUUUUCCUGGAUUAUAUAUUAUAGCUGCUUUUAUUUUUAUGGUAACCUUAGCAGUUCAUCAAUCAAGAAAAAAGCAAAUGAACAAUUUGAAAAAAGAAGAAAAUAAACCGUUUCAAAACGUUAUCUAG